CUGUCUCAACAAGUUCUGGGUUUUCUUUCUUGCAAAAAAAAAAAAAAGAAACCAACCCCAAAAGUUAACCAAUCCAACCCGCUAUCUCCGUUUCAGGAAUGGGAGGCAAUGGGAGUGGACCAACUGCGUCUCAGCACCGUGGAUCUAACAGGAGUCCCCACCUUGGAGAACCUCCACAAGGGCGUUGAAUUCAUACUGAAACACCGAGCGUGCGGUAACAGUGUCUACGUGCACUGCAAGGCAGGACGCUCCCGCAGUGCCACCAUGGUGGCAGCGUAUUUAAUUCAACUGCAUCACUGGAGCCCUCAGGAAGCAAUAGAGGCUAUUGCUAAGAUCCGACCCCACAUCCUCGUUCGGCACAAGCAAGUCCAGGUCCUGGAGACAUUUCACAGGAAUGUGAUCACUGGAACAACUGCAAAGUGUCAGUAAGAACUACGAAAAUCUCU